AUGGACUCCACGCCGGACCCGAGCCACGGGCCCGGAAAGGCCGCGCGACAACCCCAGCGCGAGGAAUCCAGUCAAAGAACACACAGCCCCAAGACCCAAGCUGUUUUAUCCCCUCCACGGUGGACCCAUUACUUUUUUGCGAACGUGACCUUUCUCAAGUUUCUCCUCUGGCUGGUCUUACUGGGACUCUUUGUGGAACUGGAGUUUGGUUUGCCAUAUUUUGUCCUGUCUAUGUUUUAUUGGAUCUAUGUGGGAACCCGUGGCCCUGGAGAAAGGCAGAAUGGAGAAAAAAGUGCUUACUCUGUAUUUAACCCAGGUUGUGAAGCUAUAGAAGGAACUCUCACAGCAGAACAACUUGAGAGAGAACUACAGUACGGGGCCCUUUGCUGAGAGGUAACUGGUAUUAUACCAACUCAGCUAUCACUAUUGUGAACAUGUAUUUUUUCACUUGAAUUAAAUUGAAACUGUUUCCUAUGGCAUUUUUUCCACCUUUUAACAGAAGUUCCAGCUUUGUAAACAAAUCUCUAAGGCUGCGAUCACACAGACACUAAACAAUCCACUUUCAGUGC